AUGAAGAGACUAGCAGCUCGCCGCUAUGCUGGCUUGCUAAUUCUCUCCCCCACAGCUGCAGUCGAUCCUGAUAGCCAGCCUGCAGAUUGCAGUCAGCCUGAAGCAGGAGAAAACGGUUCCCUGGAGGCGAUGGAAGAGGACAUCAGUCUGAAGAAACGUAAAGGUGAUCGUCAUGGAGAAAAAGAACUCCAGGCCGGGCAGGAAACUGCCGAAAAGGUGAAAAGGAAGCGAGGACGUCCACCAGCUGAGAAACUGCCACCCAAUCCACCUGAGCUCACCAGACAACUGAACACACUGGUGGACAUGGUUAUUAACUACAAGGACGGGUUGGGUCGACAGAUCAGUAAAGGAUUUGUUCAGCUUCCCUCUAAGAAGGAGGUACCUGAGUACUACGAGCUGAUCCGAAAGCCUGUGGACUUCAGAAGGAUCAGGGAACGUGUUCGUAAUCACAAGUACAGAAGUGUGGGGGAUUUGGAAAAGGAUAUUUUCCUCCUGUGUCACAAUGCUCAGACUUAUAACCUGGAAGGAUCUCAGAUCUAUGAGGACUCAAUUGUCAUUAAGUCUGUUUUCGAGAGCGCGAGACAGAGAAUUGUUACAGACGAGGAACAGAAAGCGACGGUUACCGCCAGUCACAGCGAUAAUGGUGGUGGAGCUGAAGACCAAUUUGUACCAUCAGCAGUGAAACCAUUACCAGUCCAGCUAAAGAAGGGGAACAAGGAAGAGAGACGCAGAAAUACAAUGGCCAAGAGGCUCCACAGUGAUUUAGACAGUGAUGAGGAUCUAGAGGAAAACACUACAAAAGAUGAAGGUUGA